AUGGCCCAUGGACGGUUGCAUUAUCGGUGGUCCCAGCUGGAAGCUGACAAGAGUGGGCUGAAUGUGGGUUCACCUGUGCGCCCGUGGCCCAAAGUGGACAGGACGCUUGCCCUGGAACCCAAGAUCCAACGUGGCCACGAUGCAGCGCGUGAGAAGGCUUUCGGCAGGUGCAAGCACCUUUACAAGUGCUGUGACUACAACACAUUUUACAAGAAUGGAUCCUUGAAGCUAACGGAAGUUGAGCUUUUUUUCCUCAGCUCUCACAUGUCCAAAGACUCUUCGCGCGAUUGGGCGGUCGUCUAUUUGGGCGUUGGCAACGGUGAGCGCUUCCGCUUUCUGCGGGAUGAGUUCUUCCCGCAUCUCACAGUGGUUGCCUUUGAUCCUUUGGACAAGUUCUACACGGGUUCCAGAAGUUGGGUCUGGAAUUGUGCGCAGCGGUGGAAUCAGGACGGCAGCAACUUUAGCUUCUAUGUGCGUUGCUUCAAUGUUGAAGAGGACAUCCCUAUGAUUCGGGAAAUGACGAAUGGAAAGCGAUUACUCAUGAUCUCUGACAUCCGCGGGGUGGCCCUCACCGAUGACGAGCACUUCGACAAGGUACAGGACCAGGAGGUGCAGUGGCAAGCCAUCCAAGCACUGCAGCCCGAAAGCUCCCUGGUAAAGUUCGCUCUGCCACAUGUAUGGGAGCAGUUCUAUGACUAUGCCCCUGGGGUCUUGCUGAAGCAGACUUUCUGCAACUUCGGCACACUUGAGCUCCGAUUGCUCGUCAGUGGCGUCCCUGCGAAGAGAUACAGUUAUGAUGGCUGGGACAUUGUCGAGAAGAUGACCUUUCAUCACGAACACUUGCGAGGGCAAGUGUACAGCAGUGGACUGCGACCAAAGUGUUUGGAUGGCUGCUUUGAUUGCAGUGUUCUGAUGGAGACACUGGCAGCCUAUGCUUCCAAGAGCAGCCUGGAGCUGGCUUCCAUCACAGACAGCCUUCUGAAGUUCCAUGUCUAUUAUUGCAGCGGCGGCGAGGAGUGGGAGAAGUUCAGCUGGAUUCCACCAAGUAUCAUCGAGCGCUGGCAAGUGGUGCUGUGGGGAUUGAAGCGAGGAAAUUUGAGCGAAGCCAUCCUGGCACUUGAGGUGGAGGCGAAAGAGGGUGAAGAGGAUUUGGACGCUUGUUUGGCGGGUUUCAUGGUUCCUCAUCAUUCCUCAUGAUUCAUCCUUUGGUAUGAGCGCCGGCGAAUUUCAGUCCAAGGACUGGUGGCAUAUUUCGGAUACUUAGCAAGAAUUGCUGGAGAUGUUGCUGUUUGUGAAGGAGUGCAUUAUCAGCCCAAAGUUCCAAGGAACAUCUUUUGCAUCAUCAGCCCUUCUUAGCGCAACGCCUGGCCAAAGAGCCAACCCUCUCCCGGGCCGAGCUGGCGGAGGUUUUGGGCUCUCUCUCGGAUCCAUUGACCCUGAUAGCGACCGGCUUAAACAGCUUGAAAGAAAGCAUCGACAAGUCGGAUUUCGGAGAGACAAGUGCGGAGCUUCUUGAG